CGUGCCUUCCUCUCCUUCUUCGUUUGUUUUCUUUCCCCGAACCUCUUGCCCCAUUCCCAACUCUUCAAAUUCUAUUCUAGGUCUCAGCUUGAACGCGCGCCAACUUGUUCCAUACUGAUAUUCUUUCUGCUAACCUUUCGUUUCCCUUGCUGUUUUUAUCUUCAUCUGUGAAACUCGUAAGCUUUGUUGAAGUCAUGCUCUCUCCCUCCCCCUCUCCCUCUCCCUCUCCCUCGUCUCACAUCUGAAUAAUUUUCGUUUUACCCCUUACCAUAUUCAUUAUAAUCCUUAUUUCUUGAUAUAACUCACUCUAUUCCCGUUUGCGUUUGCGUUUUCCUCUAUCUCAAUUUUGACCGAGUAUUCGUGCGACCCAUGCAUAAUGAAGGGAACUGGAAUGCAGCAAGUCUAACUCAGCAGCUCUAACCAGCACGAUACUUUUUAUGACCGAAAAACAUUUUAUACUGAUCCAUUGACCUGUCUCCUCGCAGGUUUUCGCCUUCCACUUAUAUGCCUUGUAUCUGAAGCACUUCAGAAGACAUGCGUUCACAUAUAAGUGAUCUCUGUUCUCUUGAUAUUUGCGGGGGAGAUUCAUAACCCGUUUGCUGGGUAUUUUCUUCCAUCUACGUCCUUUUUCACCGCACCUUAAUGGACUCGUCUACAAAUAACAUAGUUUAGGGUCCAAGAAGGAGGUAUAGCUACAUAUACGGAGAUAAGUAAAAGCUUCAGUUCGACAGAUUUUAUCUUUAUUUCUUGGGAGAAUUACUGUAUAAAGUCUCAAGGAAUGAGCAUAAUUACUCCCAUUGACAACAUAGCAGUUGGUGAUGACAAGUUCCUGUGUCGGAAAUGACAAUUCCUCACUUGUCAUUGAGACUUACUGAGGAUGAUGGAUCACCAAUCUGGCCGAGGAUUUGAUUCAGAUGAAAGUGUCUUUGAUAUGCAAGCAGAAAUUAGUGAAAAACCUGACAAAUUAGACAAGCUCUCACAAAACCUAGACUUCUUUUCAGGUGAAGAUGAACAAUCUGUUGCAGAUACUUUGGAAAGUGCUGAAACAUCAGAGCCAUUUGUGGGCAUGGAGUUCAAUUCAAGAGAUGAAGCCAGAGACUUCUACAUUGCAUACGACAGGCAGAUAGGUUUUGCUGUACGAAUACAUCACAAUCGUCGUUCAAGAGUAAAUAAUCAGGUUAUUGGUCAAGAUUUUGUAUGCUCAAAAGAAGGUUUUCAUGGAAAAAAAUAUGUAUAUAGAAAAGAUAGAGUGCUUCCUUCUCCCCCAGUCACCAGAGAAGGUUGUCAGGCUAUGAUAAGGUUGGCUUUUCGGGAUGGAGGGAGGUGGGUUUUUACCAAAUUUGUGGAGGAGCAUUGUCAUAAACUGAUGAGUCCUCGUAAAGUUCCAUGGAGAGGAUCUGCAAAGCACUUUAUUAGCGAGGAUGAGAAAGAUAAGAGAAUUCGUGAACUCUCCCUCGAGUUGUACAAUGAAAGGCAAAAAUGCAAGAGACGGUGUGCUGCAUAUGAAAAACAGUUAAAUAUGAUUCUGAACGAGUUGGAAAGGCACACUGAAAACAUCUCCAAAAAGAUCGCUGAUGUAGUCAAAAGUGUGAGAGAGAUUGAGGAAGAGAAAUCAGAUUUAAAUGGCUGGUAGUAAGUGCCACGUCUAGCAUAUUAAUCAUCAAUACCAAUCUCCAUAACCCCUUUGUCAUCUGAAGGAUUCAGAUGUGGUUACAUUAUAAUCAGGCUGCUUAUGAUUUUUAGGGGUUAUCCAUUUGCUGAUGCUAAUCAUAUACUGGAUGGCGACAUGAGCUUCUUUAUUUAAUAUUCGUGCAGAAAAGCUUUCCUCCUGUGACAUGUGAGAAGGGUAGCCAGUUGUACGUUCUUACAUGGAACUUGACCUUGUCGCAUAUUUGAAUGGAUACUUGUAUCGUAGUCGCGUUUCCAAUUAGGGGUGUCUGUUGUAUAAGUGUCCUUGUAGUGUUACAUUCUAGCUUUUUUAAAGGUAAAAAUUAGUCUGUAAAUUUGGUUAGUUGUUUAUAAGAUCACCCUGUAAUCAUCAUGCGUUUAUUAUGUUUUUCUUCCCCCCA